UACAGUGUUUCAAUCAUGGGUCGUGUCAGGACUAAGACCGUCAAGAAAGCGGCGAAAAUUAUCAUUGAGAAGUAUUACACAAGGUUAACACUUGAUUUCGACACAAACAAGAGGAUAUGCGAGGAAAUCGCAAUUAUUCCCACUAAGCCCCUGCGCAAUAAAAUCGCUGGGUUUGCCACCCACUUAAUGAGACGUCUUAGGCACUCCCAGGUGCGUGGAAUCUCCAUUAAACUGCAGGAAGAAGAGCGUGAGAGACGUGACAACUACGUGCCUGAGGUUUCUGCAUUGGAGCAUGACAUCAUUGAAGUCGACCCUGACACUAAGGACAUGUUGAAAAUGCUUGAUUUCAACAACAUCAAUGGUCUCCAGCUCACACAGCCAGCUACGCAGGGUGGCUAUGGUGGCAGACGUAAUUAAGGCUAAUAAACUUUAAAAUGACA